AUGGCAGACCGAUUCCCCUCCCUAGAAGACUUCUCCGCUGGCCAAACUGAAGUCGUGGAGACCAACGGCACAGAUGCCGAUGAUUUCCUAGCCCGCGAACGAGCCGUUCUAGGUGACGAUGCAGAGCAGUUUGCUACCCCUCAAGACCACGUCGCUAACACCGACGGUGUAAAUGCUGGCGAUGACGAUUUACUGGGCGGUGCGGACGAGACUCCAGCUGGCGCAGCCCCCGAGAUCUCCGGAUUCGAAUCUUCUUUCCCUGCUAUUGAGACACAGAAUGAGCAAGUUGCGCCUGGCGGCAUGAUCACUGGAACCGGCGCUCCUUUCCCGCCCACGGGCUUCUCAAGCUACCAAACUCCGGAGGAGGAAUCCGAGCCCGUUAGGGAAUGGCGCGAAAGACGAGAUGCGGACAUUGCACGCCGCGCGGAGAUUUCCGAAGAAAAGAAGCAAGCGACUGUUAAGAAGGCUCAAGAAGAUAUCGAUGACUUUUACGUUUCCUAUAACAAUAAGACCGAUAAAUUGCAUGCUCAGACUCGUGCGGAUGCCGAACAAUUCCUCGCCAAUCGCGAAGACACUUCUUCCGGAGGUACCAGCUGGGAUCGCAUCGCAAAACUUGUUGAUGUCUCUGGAAAGGGUGCCAAGGGUGGUGCAAGCGGGUCUGGCAAGGAGCGUUUCCGUCAGUUGUUGGUUGAUCUGAAGAAGGAUGAGAAUGCCCCCGGUGCCAGUGGCAUCUAG